GCCUCCUACUCCUCUCAUGCGAGCAGUCGUCGUCACAUCCUCGAAGAGCGAGUUCAGGCCAACGAGCGGCACGCAGUCACGACGCUCCUCUGCUGGUCGACACAACGCGCCUGCGAGCGAGCCAAAGCGCACGAUGACGUCGCCAGGCUGGAUAGCACUUGUGCUCGCCACGAGCGCAGCCCUCGGCGCCGCUCUGCCGACCACCCCGACCACCGGCAGCAGCACCGACGUCGACGAGUUCGCGCCCUAUAAAGGCGAGCGUUUCGACGAGUUCGACUGGGCUCUGCUGCAGAGCAUGGCGUCGCACGGCCGAGGCAACAUCCUGAUCUCACCGAUAUCGCUGAAGCUGGCGCUGGUCAUGCUGUACGAGGGGGCGCAGGAGGACACCGCACGGGAGCUCGCCAAGGCUCUCCGCCUGCCGGCGAGGGCCGAGGAGAGCCGCGCUCGCUACACGAGCAUUCUGCGAUCUCUCGAGGAGAAGAGCCCCGAGUACACGCAGAACUACGGCAAUCGCAUCUACCUCGACAACACCAUCCUGCCCCGCCAGUCGUACGCCGCGAUCCUGGAGGCCCACUACCGCGCGAACCUCGUCAACGCGAGCUUCGCCGACUCGCACUCGGUCGCGCUGAUGAUCAACGACUUCGCAAGCAACGUGACCAACGGGCGCAUAAGCAAGCUCAUAGACGAUGAGCAGAGCUUGAAGGACGACCUGAUGCUGAUCGCGAGCGCGCUCUACUUCCAAGGCAACUGGGACAAGCAGCCCUUCGACGAGAAGCAGACGAGGCUGGACAAGUUUUAUCUGGCCGACAAGACUGCCAUCGAGGUGCCUUACAUGCGGGCCAGCAAGAGCUUCUACGCGACCUACGCCGAGGAGCUCAACUCGAAGAUCCUUCGGAUACCCUAUGCCGGCCGCAAAUACGCGAUGUACUUCGUGCUGCCGCAGUCGCCCGGUCAGCUGAACUUCGUGCUGCAGAAGAUCACGCCGAAGCUGCUGGCCGAGAAAAUGUCGACGCUGCAGCUCGUACCCGUCGACGUACUGCUCCCCAAAUUCCAAUUUGACUUCACCAGCCACUUGCAGAGCAACCUUCGCGAGCUGGGCAUCCGCGACAUCUUCGAGGCCACGGCCACUCUCACGGGCAUACAGAAGUCCAAGUCCACCAGCAGGCGACUCGCCGUCUCGGAUGUCGUGCAGAAGGCGGGAAUCGAGAUCAACGAAAAGGGAACCACGGCUUACGUUGCCACCACGAUCGAGCUUGGAAACAAGAUGGGCGACGAGACCUUCCACGCGACUCAUCCCUUCCUGUUCUACAUCGAGGACGAGAGCACUGGCACUAUCACCUACAUGGGCAUCGUCGAUCAUCCUCUCGAGACGAGCAGAGUCGUCAAGCCGCCGCCCGCGCUCACCUCGCAGACGCUCGGCCCAAUGCCAGGCUCCAGCUCCGCGCAAGAGACCGACGAUUACCUGGCGACUCAGAACUUCUUCAACAUCGAGCUUCUUAAUGAGCUGUGCGCAGCCAAGCCCGGUAAUGUGGUGGUCGGCUCGUCGAGCGUUAAGGCGGCGCUAAUGGUGCUCGCCGAGGCAGCCGCGGGCAGAACGCGCCAGCAGAUCGUCGCGUCCUUAAGGCUACCGACCGAUCCUGCCGGCAUUAGGAGAAUCGCCGGUCAAACCAUCGGCUCCUUCAAGGAUGCCCAGAGCGGCACCGAGCUGCAGUCGGCCAUGAAACUGUGGACCCGGAAGGACGUGGUGCCCGCGAACAACUUGAGCGACGCUCUGCGGUACUACGGAAGCGAUUUCGAGGCGGUCGAUUUCGGAGACGUUGCCACGUCGGCGAGGACGGUCAACGACUGGGUGAGGAAGCGUACCAACGGGUUAAUCGAUUCCAUCGUCGAUCAGGACAGUCUCGACGCCGAUACGAAGGCGCUGCUGACCACGGCAGUGUACUUCAGAGGAACCUGGCUGCACGCCUUCGACAAGACCGCGACGAGGUUGAGCUGCUUCAACGUGCCGCGCGUUGGCUGCAAAGACGUGCCUCUGAUGGAGAGCAUCAAGACCUACAAGUACGCCGAGAUCCCGAGUCUUCGCUCCGAAGUCGUGCAGAUUCCUUACAUCGGCAACCGAGUGGCGAUGUUGGUGCUGCUGCCUAAGAGCCAGGAGGAGGACGCACUGGAAAUACUGCUCAGAGAUUUGGCGUUCACGCCGCUCCCGCAGGUGCUGCGUCAACUGGAGGACGCGGAACUGUUUCUGCAGUUGCCCCGAUUCUCCGUCGGCAAUAAGCUCCAGCUCCAGAGCAGCCUCGGCAAGCUGAAAAUCACGGAUCUGUUCGACUCCAAGUCGAACCUGACCGCGGGCUUCCCCAACGACGUCGUGCAGGUCGGCGCUGUGCUUCACAACGCCCGAAUCGAAGUCAGCGAGGAGGGAACCAUCGCCGCCGCCGCCACCGGUGUUUCGGUGAUACCGCUAAUGGGUACACUGGUGACGAAUUUCCGCGUCGACAGGCCGUUCGCCUUCCUCCUGCUGGACCUGCAGACCAACAACGUACUGUUCGCCGGCCGAUACGUCCAGCCGGAGCCUUGAUGCAAUUCUUCGCCCGGACGCUCCCGUACUCCCGAGCCCCGCCGAGCGACUACUCUUUGUGCUUCAUUCGACAAAUAAAUCGCAAUCCUGCUGAACAGAACGCUCUUGUCACUGCGCUGCGCCCCGAAGCCCUGCGAU